AAUAUAACAAAUAACCAUUCAAUGCCUAAAAUUUCUUCUCGCUCUUGGUCCCAUGAACGAAACCAAAUCCAUCAACCACUACUACAAAAAGGACCAAAUAAAUCCUACAUUUGGAUUGGUUAGCAAAAUAAAUGAUUUAAAAGGGAAAAAAAUUCCGCAUACCGCUACACAUUUGCAUCAGUUAUUCUUGAUAACCGAUGGAAAAGAGUAUUUGCAUCGAUUAUCAGGAAUAACCGAUUCAAAUGUAACUAUAUGACUGAGGAGGAUCUUUUGCAGCGUCUUCCUUCCCUUCUGCAGCAGUAUGGACUAUUUUUUUCCAAGGGUGCUCCAGACUUUGCAUCCAUGUCGCAGCACACACCUUCUGUAGCACCUCAUUAUGGGCAGCGUAGUAGCAAGGCGUCUACAGAUUUUGUUGACAUCGCCGGUGUCACUGAGGUUGCUGCUUGUUACUUGAGGAUCUCUGAUCCAGCGGACUACAUAGUGGCACAUGGAUCGGUUUUCCCACGUGCACCGGGAGAUAUGAGAGUUGUGUCAACAUCUGCUUUGCCUACCAUCAACGUCAUUCUCGAUCCCGAGCCCAUGCUCUAUCCGGAGGAGACGGAGCUAAGGAUGCGUCCGGAGAAUAUACGUGAGUUCAUGCAAUGGGAGGAGGUCGAUCAGACCAUCAUCAUUGUUUUCUUGAGAUUGUUGCACGAUCAUAUGAUGGAGCACGACAUCGCGUCUGUCGGGUUGUUAUGUCCAGAGAACAUGGCAUACGUGGUAGAUUAUGGAGAUCGCCAGCUCGACCGGAUUGGGUUGAUGUUCCCGGAGUACCCCAACAAGCAGGGAACUUUGAGUGUGGUUACUAUACCAUGCGAUUUUGUUGGCUCAUCGUCAAUAUGUGUGCACAAUGUUCUGUACCGUUAUCCGAUGUAUUUCAGUCUACUACGCCUUAUACUAAAGCCGAAUUAGAAGAGCUACAGCCUCUGUCUCACAUGUAAAUGUCGCCACCCCUGCCACCAUCGCCGCUACUGUCGUCGCCGCCACUCCUUCGCCACAAUCUCCUGCUGCCAUCAAUAUUAAAUGCGGUCACCAUGCAUCUACAUUGUUGCUGGCUUGCUGCCACUAGCACCGUCACAAUCUGCAAAUUCACCGUCAUCGCCACCGCAAUCUACUGCUCUGAUCUCAUUCCCAUUUGUUGUGGAUGCCUCCUCUAUCGCCCCCAUUUGCUACUGUCAAUGUUGCAAUUUAGUGCUAACGUUGGGAUUAGUACUUGAUGGGAAAUAAUACGUGGCACGGUCCACAUUUCCUAAUUAUUUUACGAAGAACAGUCAAACCGGACCUGUUUAAUAAAAUAGAGGAAUAAGAGAAUAUUCCUCCGAAGAUGCUCCCCCUCCUAUAAAAGGAGGGGUGCCCCCAAUGUGAAGGGGAGGCCAAAUCACUUUCUCCCCUGCCCACUAUACUUUCUCUCUCUAGCAUUUUAUAGUUUUUGUUCUUCAAUAAGCUUUUAAGCUUCCAUUAAUGGCUUCCGAGCCCGAUUCUUGUACCGUGUACACACCCCCGAUAUCAAUAAAAAUCCCCCGUUGGCAAGGUACCGCCAAAAAAGGCCCGUGAUUUUCUCUCGAUUUGGGUUUCAACGUAAAAAUCCCCGUGUUUAUAUUUUGGUGUAUUUUUAGACUAUUUUAUCGUUUUUGUCGGGCUAAAAACGAUAUACCGGUCGAUAAUUUACACCAUCAUUUUGGCGCCGACCGUGGGACCUGAACAAAUAGCCAUGUUCAUUUUUUUUUGUGACAAAAAAAAAUGCUCCGAGAGAAGAGUGACCCAAAUUUCAGCCACAAAAAAAGAAGAGUGAGAGAAGGGAGGGUUUUUGAUUUUUUUUGACAAAAAAGGAGAAAGAAAGGAGAACCCCAAAUUGAAGCCGCCUCCACCGCUGCUCAGAGCCGCCGCCUCCGCCAUUGCUGCUCAAAUCUGCCGCGGCCACUGCUCAAACCCACCGCCGCCGAUGCUUAGACCCGCCGACGCCGCUGCUCAGACCUGUCGCCGCCGGUCUUGAGACUUGCGGCCGCCUAUGAACCGCGUUGAGGGGGGCGGAUCUAGAUGUUGUACUAGAAAUCAACUACCACCGCCGCCAACUAACUUUUGUUCGCCACCAAGAAUUCCUGCAUGCAUCCACAACUGCAAGGUGAACACUUGCUGGUCACCAUUUGAAUUUGCUGCCACAAAAGCCGCCGAAUAUACACGCACCCGCAC